UUAGCUUAAAAACAACAAAAAAAAUUAGGCCUAAAGAGGGGGUGACAGUUGAGAACCCAGUAGCUCUAUUCAAGUUUAUGAAUGAUUUACUCAGGGUGGCAGGACUUACUGCAAAUGAACAUAGAGGAACCUGUCAGCUGCCCUGUGGUUCAGCCAAUAGAGGCGCAGCUCCAUCCUAGCUGUGCACCAGACUGCAUUACAAACAGACGAAACCAUCUCUUCAACGGCAGCCCUUCAGACGAGAGCCAUUAUCUCCUGAUUUACAUCACCUGUCUUAGAAGUUUAAAGGCGUGGAACUAACACAGAAUACACUGAACCAGGGAGGUGAGAAGGACCUACAAAGGUUCAAAGGAGCGAUAUAAGAAGUAGAAUCUCUAAGAAUGGCCUCACUGAGCUCCAGCCUCUGGAAUGAAACCACUACAUCUGUUUAUCAGUACCUUGGUUUUCAAGUUCAAAAAAUUUACCCUUUCCACGAUAACUGGAACACUGCCUGCUUUGUCAUUCUGCUUUUAUUUAUAUUUACAGUGGUUUCUUUAGUGGUGCUGGCUUUUCUUUAUGAAGUACUUGAUUGCUGCUGCUUUGUGAAAAACAAAACUGUAAAAGACUUGAAAAAUGAACCAAACCCUAUCAGAAGUAUGAUGGACAACAUCAGAAAACGUGAAACUGAAGUGGUCUAGUACUCUACACAGAAUGAACAAAAGCUUUGAAGACAGUCUUCAACUACUGAGGAAAAAAAAGAAAAAUUUCUGAGACCAGCUGUUAUAAUAUUGACUAUGAAUAAUUAAAAGAUUUCUACUAGAAGGGAAAAACAAGCUAAAUAUGCACUUUUUGUGUCUGUAUCUAUUUCAUUAAAUAUACAAUAAAACUUCGACAAAUGUGAGUAAUUAACCAACCUGUUUAAAAUGACACUUCAGGGAAUUCCAACAGGCCAGUGGUUAGGACUGGACGCUUUCACCGCCGUGAGCCUGGGUUCAACCCCUGGCUGGGGAACUAAGAACCC